UUCUGCGUAACGAAUUCAGUUUCGCAUCUGCUUUCAACUUGUGAAGUCGAUUUGAAGUCAAUAAUCAUGAACAAGUUGCUCAUUGUUCUUUUGGCCGUGUGCCUUGUCAGCGUUCAUGCUUUCGUCAAACGCGAUGCUGAUAAACCUCUGGACUUGCAAGGCGUCUCGAAGGACUUCCAAGAUAAACUGUCAGAACUAGGAAAGCAGUUGGAAACUACUUUCGACCCCGAGAAGAUAAAGAAGGGAGUCAAUGACCUGAUUGACGGUUUUAAUAAAGCGUUCAAAGAAAAUAAGGCAGCCUAAAAUUCAAGGUACUCAAAGCGGUAAGGCUCCUUAUAGUUAAACAAAUCAGCAAGUUCAUCAAAAUGCAUCGGCAACAAUAAAACCGCCUCUACAAUAAUUUGUUAUAUUAUUUAAUAAAAUUCAUUAUAGAUAUUAA